CGUGGACUUUGAAACGUUCUCAAAACUUUCUGUCUACAUUGUACACAAGCACACACACACACAUUCUCCUUCUUGUUUCUGCCAGCGAUGGAACAACACAGAAAUAUGUUUCAUGCCGGGAUCUUACUGUUUCUUCUCCUGUCAGGGGGGAGGGCAUUCAUGAUGCACAACACCCAGCACAGCCUGUGUCUGGAAGAGUCAGCAGAUACAGGUGAAGUCCAUCUGAAGAAGUGCAACCUAGACUCUGAAUAUCAGCAGUGGAUCUGGAUCAAUGAAGGCAUGCUGAUGUGCGUCGCAACAUCCAGGUGUUUGUCAGCCCAACAAAGAGAGCUAGUGAGGACCCAGACUUGCCGUGGACCUGAGGUGGAUGCUGCAGAGUUAAUGUGGGACUGUGACAGGGACAGAAUCAUCAGUAGAAAGAUAUCAAUGCUUCUGUCACACAACGGCCAGCAUGUGAUCCUCACACAACACAGCAAACACUCAAAGUGGAGAUCUCUGGAUGAGGGGGACAUCUGCCAGGAAAAGCUCAGACUCAAGAGAGCAUCUGGUGAUUCAGCCCAAUCUGAAGAUGAAGAAGAGCAGACAGAAAAGCUGGCAGCUAUGACAAAGGAACAAAGAGAGUAUCUCCAGUGGUACUACCGCACCGAGGACCCAAAGAUGUGGACAUUUGUGCUGCUGGGACUGGCCUUUGUCUGCCUUCUUAUUGGUUUUCUUCUGCUGGGAAUGGGAGCUGUGGCCAAUAACAGGAGCAGAAAGAAGAUAGCUAAGUACAAGGCUGCAGCAUCUCUGUUUCAGAAAAGUGAAGAUCAGGAGCUGCUCAGUGAAAACAGCCCAAACCCAGCAUUAGACAUGCUGCUGCAGGGAAACAAGCUUUACACGUCCAACAGUGGCACAAGUGAGCUCAAAGCAGGAAAUAUUGUGGUCACAUGGAAAGAUGGCAACACCUCCUGCCUGUAUGCAGAUCCUGAAGAGAAUGAGAAACAAGAGGAAGAGGAGAAACUGGAAGUGGCAGCUGCUGAGCUUGAGUCUCAAGAUGAAGUGAAGAUGACAGGGUCAAGAGGUCAUAGUGAAUAACAUUAGCUUGUAACUAGCAAUGAGGAGGAGGCAAGACUUGGCUCAUUUUUUAUAAUGAAACCAAUGUUACUUUUUUCUCUGCUAUGAUAAUUGCUAAAAAUAUUUUUCUGAUGACUGUUUCUUAUUUGCUUACACACGCAUGGCUUCAGCAUACAAAUAAGGAGUGAGCAAUUUUCUGAAAUCUCAACUGAUAACAAAAAAUCUGGAGCAGUUGUUAAAGUUCCUCUUUAUUCAAUCUUAAUAAAGCUCAUAACAUAAUUACAGUCUAAGUGGGUGAUUGUGUUGUUCAAAUGUGUUCAUGUAGGAACAAAAGCUGCAGAAAAAUGGUUUGCUGAAAAAUUAUUCUAGAAAAAGUAGUUCCUGAAUGUAAGUCAUAAGCAGGGCCAGAAGCUCUGCCCCUGCUUAUGGCUCAAUUACUAAUGCUCCUCUUGAGUUGUUUAUGAAGAUUUAAACUUUGGUGAGCUGUAAAGUUGCAACAAGUAAAUCACAAUAAAUCACUUAAUCACA